CUCUAACUCCCUUUUGGGGGGUGGCUGUCGGCAUUGGUGAAUUUCAGUUCCUGCUUGAUCUCCGCGACAACCAGUCAGCACCUUUGGUUUUGGCUUCAAUCUCCAGCUCCCAGCUACUCCUGCUACUGCAUGUUGCUGCUGCGUUCGCACAGCUUCCAAGGUGCGGGAGGUUCUUUGAGCAGCAGGUUUUGCCACUCCCUGACCGAGGAACCGCCAAGUCUGACAAACAACCAACCUUUUCGCCGAGUCUGAAGAAUUCACAACUCGAAAUACCACAAGUGCCAGGCGGUGGCAUUUUAAACCUCGGUGGACUCGAGCCACAUUCCAGUCACUACCGCCGCCUGAAAAAAAAACACGUUCACUACUCCGUCGUGUCUAGUCCUACACAUUCUGCCUGGGCUUCAAAAUGGAGCCUAGCCAAAGUACCGUUUUGGAGAAUGACAUGGUUACCGCGCCUCAUCCCGUUCAAGCUGCCUCGGAACCGAUAACGCCACGACCCUCAACGACCAUUGAGCCUGCCGCCGCGGUCAGCAACGGAAGUGACAGUGCACUUCUAAAUCGUGCCUCUACGGCCUUGCUGGGCUCGACGGCCGGCAUACAAGGAGAGGAUUCGCCAGCUCCGGCUUCGACCGCGAGCCAACCGAUCGUUGCUACGAAAACCGAAACCGCUCACGAUUCCAUGGUGACGGUCCGACUCUCUGCGCCUGAGUCUCCUUUGACUAUCGACACAGGCGUCGGGUCUUCUCAUCCGGGGCUCGCCAGAGAGGGCAUUGCAAUCCACGAACACGUGUCCAUCAGCACCAUGGCGGAGACUGCAGGCGACAGGAACAUGGCUGUGGAGGGUGUUGAGUUGGUGACAGAAAAACCGACGAUCGGCCCAAAUCUACAGGAUGAACUCGCGGCAGUGACAGAGGAUGAUGAGAGCGGCACGGUUGUUAAGGAAGGGGAGAAUUCAAGUAUUGAGCGGGAUGAUGCAGCGACUCCGACACCCGAACUUGUUCGCGAACCGAUCAACAACCGUACUGCUUCGCCACCGCCUGAUCCCGAAGAUGUUGUGAAUUGGGAAUCUCUUCAAAAACGCGAGGACGAACAAUUGAACGAAGAAACUGCGGACAAUACCGCACUCUUACUUGCGAGGUUAGAGCAAGAAAAUGCCAAACUUGCAACAAAUCCAAAGAGCGCCAAGGCUAGGCUCAUUGACGACAAACGCAAGUCACGACCGCCCUCGAUGGCGCAACUGAGAAACAUGGUUACGGGUCCCACGCCGUCGGCUCUACGGUACUCGAUGCUACCGCCACCGCCGAUGACCGAUCUGGAAUUUUACGCUGCCUUGGUGAAGGAUUAUGAACAGACGGCCGCCAGAUUACCGACGCUAUUGUCCCACAAGAUUCGCAAAGGAAUCCCACCGCCGCUUCGCGGUGUUGUAUGGACCAGCAUGUCAGGCGCCCGCGAUGUCGCACUGGAGGAACAGUUCGAGUACUUGUCUGGCGAGUCGAGCCCAUUUGAGUGCAUCAUCAGCAAGGACCUCGGUCGCAGUUUCCCUGGUGUGGACAUGUUCCGCGAGGCCGACGGGGAGGGACAGCGGAUGCUCGGCAGGGUGCUCAAGUGUUAUUCGAUUUACGACCCCGAGAUUGGGUACUGCCAAGGACUUGCCUUUUUGGUCGGACCACUAUUAAUGCACAUGCCCGACAAGCAGGCAUUCUGCGUUUUGGUCAGGUUGAUGGAGAAUUAUGAUCUUCGCAGCUGUUUCCUACCCGACUUAUCUGGUUUGCAUGUCCGCAUAUGGCAAUUCAACCAGCUGAUUCACGAGCAUCUUCCGGUUUUGUCGAGCCACUUGGAUGAUUUACAGGUCGACCCUGUAUACGUUUCACAAUGGUUCCUCUCUUUCUUCGGGACCGCGGCUCCCCUGCCAUUUCUGUUUCGCAUCUACGACGUGCUAUUUGCGGAGGGAUCGACAGAGACCCUACUCAGGGUGGCAUUGUCGCUAAUGCGGAAGAACGAAAGGCGAUUGUUAGCGUGCACGGAGUUGGAUGGGGUUUUGGCGCUGUGCCUCUCGCGCGGAUUGUGGGAUUGCUACAAUUACAACGCCGAUGAAUUUAUUCAGGACGUCGUCUCACUCAGCGAUAUUGUCAACCGAGAGCGAUUGGUCGCGCUCGAGCAGGCUUACUAUCGUGAGUCGACCCAGCUAAGGCUUGGCAGUCCCAAUGCCGCGCGGCAAACCUCGGAUGUCAGCACCGCAGCCUCCCGAUUUUUGGGUCGGUUCACUUCUUCAAUCUCCAGCGGCCCCACCUCGUCCAAACCACAAUCGCAGCCACCCGCAGUCCCAACCCCUAGCUCCAUCUCAUCUUCAUCCACCAUCACUCCAACAACCAACGCCUCGACGACGCCACCUUCCAACGUUGCGUCUUCCGCAGCUUCGACCGCUGCAUCUUUCGUCACCAACAGUCCCGGGUUGGCUGCUCCUUCGCGACCGACCAGCAUGCUUCGGAGGAGCACCUCCAAGCAGAGCUUGGCCUCGACCCUGAAUUCCAUGGAGGCGAACUCGACUUCAACUUCAACCUCGUCCGCUGCUAGCGUUCUGAGCUCGGCAUCUACCGAAGCGACAUCCAUCUCGAGAGAUUCGCACAUUCCCCAACAGAACCAGCACUCCGCCGCCAAGGGCAGCACCGCUGAUGACCGAUACAUCGAGGAGCUUCUCCUGUCGCUUAGCGAUCUCCAACGCCAACAAGUCCUUUUAGCCGAGCAGCUGCAAAGGGAGCGCGAAGAAAGGGAAGAAGACAGGCAGGCUGUGAAAAAUUUGCUUCACGGCCUGCAAGAAAACGGCACCGCCCAAGCUAGUCCAGAUGCUGAUAGCUCCGAGUCGGAGACGGGUCAGUUGGCUGCUCUAGUCAGUUCCGUGGAGAACCGUUUCAGCGAUGAUACCGAAACCAGCGCCUCGCUGAUUGUCGAGACGAAAACAGAACUACGCGACCAGCUGGCUAGAACAAAAGAGCAAUUGAACAACGAACUUGCGAAAAGUCAAGAUCAGUCUCGCAGGGAAGCAGAUCUUCAACAAGAGAUAUCCUCACUAAAGGAUCAACUGCGCGCAAGCCAGUCCCAUGUCCGCACCGCAUUCCAGGACAAGCAGAGGCUCGAGAAACAAAUACACUCUAUGAGGGCCAGGGCAUCGGCCGUUGAGAACACAUCACCGCCCGAUCAGAGUGCCAUAGGAGGCGCCACCGAAUGGUUUGGAAGGGCGAAUGGCACUGGUGCAGGCGCAGCGGGCGGGCUUCGGGAACUCAAACUUGGCCGGAGUCUGUCAACACCCUCCCAGGCCUCGCAGGCGGGCUCCGGCUCGCCUCCUUCGCUGAAGCGGGCAUCUUCAAUCUUCACAACCACCUCUGCUCGUGGUCCUGGCUCUCGAGAAUCGCUGGUUCCCCCUUCAACGUCAGCGCCAUCCAGCGAACACGAUGCCCUCUUGCUGGAGCUUGUGCAGGCAAAGACUGCCGAGGCCAUAGCUAGACAAGAAGCUGACGAGGCCAAGCAAAAGCUCAAAGCUCUGCGAGAAUCUCUCGGCGUAGGUCCUGGGGACUCGAUACCUGCGGCUCAACCCAACUCAGGAGCAGCCGCCGGGGCAUCAGCGGCUGCCUCAGCUGCCAUGGGCAUGUUUGGGCGCUUGACAACUACUAUUGCGGAGACUGCGUCGGCCAAAACGGGGGCGGCGCCAGCCCCCGCUGCUCCCGCUGCUCCUACGCCUGUCUCCACACCUCCUGCCGGUGGCGCUCCUGCCGCCGGCGGUUUCUGGGGUUGGAGGCGAGGUUAAUGAUAUGACGAAUACAAACGAAUACUGUCGCUGCUUUUCCCGACGCUUUUUGAAUGGGGGUGUUCUUCUUGCUUGUGUCUUCUUACGGGACUUUUUGGUUCUUCUCGGCCCUGUUUUUUCUUCUUUUUUUUCUCUACUCUAUAUAAAAAAGUUAUUAGUAAAGUGGGCAAAGCAUGCACAGAUUGUGGUGGCACGAUGUUUUGGAACGUUGGGAAUACCAUCGGCCAGUUUGCUCCUACGAUCCUGUUACUUGUUUGUCUUGUUAUAUCUGCAGUGAACAGAGACACAGAUAUAUUUGAUACCAUCACUCCGCAAAGGUCGUGGCCAGAUACAUACAGAGAUGGAAACGCCCAGGCUGAUAGAGCAUUUUAUUGAACACGCGAGGUCAUGCUUGUUUAACCCGCAAAGGCAGAAAUAGUUUAUUAUUUAAAGACGAAUGAGUUUUGCAUUG